AUCGACGAUCAUCACGUACAUUAUAAUAUUUUGUAAUAUUUUAUAUCGGUGCACAACAAUAUGCACACUCCGUGAUACGUCCUCUGUCCUCUACUAUUGAGAUUUAAACGCGACGGUGUUUGCCUCCAAGUACCGUCGAAAACCACUCCUCCAUUGAUCCAGCGUACGUGAUAAACGCUGAUAACAUUACCUAAUCUCAAAACGUGUAAACACACACAUACCUACGUUAUUAUUAUUAUUAUUAUUAUUAAUAUUAAUAUUAUUACAUUACAAAUUACGAUAUCGACACGGGCCUCUCUCGUUCCGAAUCAAAACUUUUAAAACGACUCGAUCGCCGUCGAAUACCGCGCGCGCGUACGCCCCGUACGUCGCGAGGCAACACGUCCCGUCGUACGGAUCAAUCGUCCCCGCGCCGCGGACGAGCGACACACACUCGGUUGGGCGCGCGAACCAUAUCAAUCCGUUCUCCGGUUGCGGGCGCCGCAGCUGCUGCCCAGCUGUACACGCCAAUAAUCUUUACCGCCGACGAGACUGACGUUUUCGUGGUAAGAAGGCAUUGAGUAGCACGAGAGUAAUUUUAAAUAUUUCACAUCGGCCCCUCGUCCCCGUCGAUAUCGCGUCAUAUUGUCACGCACCCGGUUUGCCGUCACAACAAGUAACAGUCUUCAGUACCCGCUGAACACUAUGAGCUCAGACAUAAGUACUAGAAAUCCUCAGGAAGAAUACGAGCUGAUUCAGAGGAUCGGUAGUGGCACAUACGGCGAUGUUUAUAAAGCAAAGCGAAUUUCAACAUCAGACUUAGUGGCUAUCAAAGUUAUCAAAUUAGAAGUCGGUGAUGAUUUUUCAAUAAUACAGCAAGAGAUAUUAAUGAUGCAAGAUUGUCAACAUUCCAAUAUUAUAGAAUAUUACGGUAGCUAUUUACGUAGAGACAAACUAUGGAUAUGUAUGGAGUAUUGUUCUGGAAGAUCAUUGCAAGAUAUUUAUAACAUAACUGGACCACUUACAGAACUACAAAUAGCAUAUAUGUGUAGAGAAACACUUAAAGGACUUUCAUAUUUACAUACAGUGGGUAAAAUGCACAGAGAUAUUAAGGGAGCUAAUAUAUUGUUAACUGAAUAUGGUGAUGUAAAGCUAGCAGAUUUUGGGGUUUCUGCUCAAAUUACUGCUACAAUAAACAAACGAAAAUCAUUUAUUGGUACUCCGUAUUGGAUGGCACCUGAGGUAGCAGCUGUAGAACGCAAAGGUGGCUACAACCAAUUAUGUGAUAUCUGGGCAGUUGGGAUUACUGCUAUAGAGUUAGCUGAACUACAACCACCAAUGUUUGACCUUCAUCCUAUGAGAGCUUUAUUUUUAAUGUCUAAAAGUGGUUUUAAACCUCCAACAUUAAAGGACAGAGAUAAAUGGAGUCCAACAUUUCAUAAUUUUAUAAAAAUAUCACUGACUAAAAAUCCAAAAAAAAGACCAACAGCAGACAAGUUAUUAAUGCAUUCAUUUUUUUGUCAAGAUAUGAGUAAACGACUUGCUAUUGAUCUUUUACAAAAAGCAAGUAACCCUACUACUCAAUCAUUUGCAGAAAUUGAACCUGAUGAUGAUAUAAUUUCUGAUGUUCCUCGGCGUAUUGCAUCUAGAGCAACUGUUGAUCAUAGAGAGUUAUUUAAUUUCUACAGGAGUCUUCUGCAAAACAUAGAUGAAGAACUUAAACUGAGGGGAGAUUAUAGUCGUGUAUUUAAUGAAGAUAGGAAUGGAAGUUAUGAAGAUGUAUCUACUUUACCACUGACUGACAAAUGCUCCAUGCCACAUUCAUCUAGUCAAAAAUGUAAUUUUCCUAAUAAAGGCUGUGUGUACCAAAAUUUAAGAGAUAGUUCUUCGUCCUCAAGACAACAUAGCUCACUUGAUGAAAUUAUUGCAUUAACUACAUCUGAUGUUAGUGUAAAUGGACGUCAACGUUCAUUUAGCGAUAGUGGAGGAGAAGGUCCUGAACCAGAUUUAUUAGCUGAUACACCUCCAGUACCACCACGUCGAAGAGACCGUAAACAACGAAAUUCUCCUCCUAAACCAAUUAGUAACGGCCUACCACCCACGCCUAAAGUGCACAUGGGUGCUUGUUUUUCCAAGGUAUUUAAUGGAUGCCCUUUAACAAUAUAUUGUACGGCUAGUUGGAUCCAUCCUGAAACUAGAGAUCAACAUGUAUUUAUUGGAGCUGAAGAAGGAAUCUACAAUCUUAAUCUAAAUGAAUUACAUGAAACUGCUAUUGAUCAGUUAUAUAAUAGACGUACAAUUUGGUUGUAUGUUAUAAAGGAUAUUCUAAUGUCCUUAUCAGGAAAAACCACCCAGUUGUUUAGGCAUGAUCUCUUAGCUCUUCAUGGUAAACAAAGUCAUAGGUUUUCACAGCAUAUGACUAGAAUUCCUGAACGAUUAAUGCCUAGAAGAUUUGCACUUACCACCAAAGUGCCUGAUACCAAAGGUUGUAUAAAAUGUUGUGUUGGACGUAAUCCAUACAAUGGUUAUAAAUAUUUAUGUGGCGCCAUGUCCAGUGGGAUUUUUUUAAUGCAGUGGUAUGAUCCACUUAAUAAGUUCAUGUUGUUAAAGCAUUUUGAAUGUAAUUUACCGAUACCUUUAAACAUUUUUGAAAUGGUCAUAACUCCUGAAUUAGAAUAUCCACUUGUUUGUGUUGGCGUGAAAAAACCAAUUGGACCUAUUAGAAAGUCUAUGAAUUUGAAAUUGGAAUUGAUCAAUGUCAAUACCGGUGCAUGUUGGUUUUGUUCUGGUGAAACAGAUGAUUCUGAUAAUACUGGCACUGUUAUUCAGAGAAGAGAUAUCAUGGAUGUUGUUUGUGUUUGCCAGUUGGAUACAGAUUCAUUUUUAAUAUGUUACAAGAAUGUUGUAAAAAUAAUUAAUUUACAUGGGAACCUGAAACAAGAUAAAAAUCAAAUAAAUCAGCUUUAUUUUGACUUUACUGUAGAGUCAAUAGUUCGAUUGUCUGACAGCAUUUUAGCAUUCCAUAAGAAUGGAGUUCAAGGUCGUAGUCUUUUAAAUGGUGAAGUCACCCAAGAAAUUGUUGACAAAAGUAGAACCUAUCGUCUUUUGGGCUCUGACAAAAUUCUAAUAUUGGAUUCACACAUGGUCUCCAAAAAAGCCGAUGAUGGUGCAGACUUGUACAUCCUUGCUGGCCACGAAGCCAGUUAUUAAAAUAUGUUAGACAUUAUGAAUAUUAUAAUUUUUUUUUAAUAAUUGUAAUUAUACGGUAUUAUACGUCCACUUUACACGAAGAGACUUUACAAGUUAAUUCCUGUUAUGAUACAUUGUCAAAUAUAUUCCACUAUUAUAUUAUUA